CAUCUUCCAAGUUCAUCUUCCUGUACCUUGACUUUCUUCAAACCCUCGUUUCCCUCAUUCAUUUUCUUGUAAGGACAUACUGGGGUCGGAGGGUCCAUAAAGCCACCGAUCUAACCCGAGGUCGUACACAUUGCUGCUUGAACAAUCCCCAACGCCGCGUCUUUGCGACGCGCUCAUGCGACGACCCCCAUCGCGCAUCCACAAUCUCCAUCCGGACCACCGAAGCGUAAAUAGGUUCGAAAGCGCGAAGUCACGCGCUUUUCGAGAUCAUGACCGCCACCAUGCAGUCCAAGAUGCACCCGCCGCAGUCGUUCAUGUCCAGCUAUGCCCCGCGGCUCCGGAAGUAUGCGAACCCGCUCAUCACGCCCGUCAUUCCGCAAGCGCAGCUCUCGACGCCGCGUACCACGAAGCGGGGGACGAUGGCGGUCAAUUAUGCGGAGGAUGGAUUUGACGACACCGACUUUGACGACGGCGAAGGGCCGCGAAGACCGACGGGGCUGCGAAGUUUGAGGCGGGAUGAUUCGUUGGCGGAUCGAGAGAAGUUUACCCAGCUGGGGAAGGAACUGAGUGCGCCGGUGGAAGUGCAAGGGAUUUGGAGGGAUUGGAUGGGGAAGCCAAAAAGACAGUUAACGGAGAGACAACUGGAAAUCCAAUCAGUCCUUCCACUCAACCUUAUCCCCAUCCGAAUUGACCUCGACAUCACUCCCUUUCGGCCGGAACCUGCUCUGCCGAUGCCUGUCAAUGCUAAAGACUUCGGGAUUGACGACGCCCACCCUGCUUACAAGCAACAAGAACCGACACCAACCUUCAGACUCAAGGACACCUUUUUAUGGAAUCUGCACGAGGCAUUGAUGACCCCCGACUACUUCGCGAAGAUCUUCGUCGACGAGUUGGACCUCCCCAAUGAGCGAAAACCAGCUCUCAUCAUGCAAAUUGCGAAUCAGAUCCGCCAGCAACUCGAGGAAUAUGCUGGCGUUGCGAUGCAUCCUCUUUUCCACUCCACCGCCCCUUCAGCGCCUUCUGAGGCGCCUGAAUCGGCAAAGCCUAGCAUACUUGGACCUGCAUCAGCACCUCGUUCUCGCGAUCAAUCCUCAACCCCUGCCCGUGUUUCCACCCCACUCACUUUCUCUACCCCCCUCCCCUUCUCCAACGGCUUUCAUGCCUCCUCACCUGCCAGGACUCCUUCCACUCUAUCUGCUCUUCCUCCCGCUCCGGUCCCUGUAACAUCAACCACCAGCGGAACCAUCGCCGCCACGGCCACACCGCUUCCCGACGAAGAUGUUCACAAUCCUGAUGACACCUACCGGUGCAUCAUCAAUCUCAACAUCAACCUGAUGAACCGGUUGUACCAAGACAAAUUCGAGUGGUCACUACUCCACCCCCCUGGGUUUGCGGAACAUUUUGCCAAGCAGACCUGCGCGGACGUAGGCCUUUCCGGCGAAUGGGUACCGGCCAUGACACACGCUCUCUACGAAGCGGUUCUCCGGCUGAAAAAGGAGGCGUGUGAGAACGGCGGACUAGUAGGCUACGGGGAGAUCGAAAACGAUGCUGCGGAAGGCGCAGAGUCCGGCUGGCGAUACGAGCCGGAGCACCUAUGCGAUGAGUGGGAGCCGAAAGUGGAGAUUCUGUCAAAAGAGGAGAUCGAGAAGCGCGAAGGCGAUCGAGAGCGACAGAUUCGCCGGAUCAGAAGAGAGACAGCACGGUUCUCGAGCACGUCGAACAUGAAUGUGGUUGGUGGGAUGGCGGUACCGCAGGGAGACUACUUUGCGAACCCGGAGGCGACCGAGCAGCCUAUGGGUCGGGGCGAGCGCAGUAAGAAGAAAAGAAGGUUUAGAAGCAUAAGUCCGACCGGUAGGGAGACGCCGGAGGUGGCAGGGUCGGGGUAUGGUGGAGGAGCAGGAGGUUUGGCCGAAUGGGAGCGACAAAACUGGCGAUGCUCGCAUUGCUUGGUUUGGGGCUCCGCUGUCUGGGCCGUGCGAGAUGGACCGAAUGGACCAAGGAGUCUCUGCAACAAUUGCGGAUUCCUAUACGAGCGCGACAAGAAGCUUCCGACGUGGUCACACCACUUAUUCAUCAACGACCGAGCAUUCGGCACGCGAUGAGUGGUUGUUUCACGUCGUGGCAUCUCCCUUUUAUCUUUUUCGGGUGUUCAUCUGCUGGCUCUGUGAGGUUGCCGGCUGGCAACAUAGCAUUGAGGGGGCGUAUGGGGAUUUGUAUUGGAGUUUCAGGCCAUGUAAGACCGAGAAGGGUUCCUCUGUUCGGUUGAGAGGGCAAUGCCGUAGCGCGGUGGUCAAGAGGGCUACAGGGUCUAAGUCGGAAUGACCAACACCGUCUAUAUAAUAGUAGCCUAGGUGGCAUUGUCCUCCCGGUGUCUGGACAAACAGGAUCGCUCGAGGUAGUACGGUAAUCUAAUAGCAUUUACCGAAUUAUUGUACAAGAACUUCGAAGCCCAAAAUCCACAGCAUUAAGCCCUCGCCAC